AUGACAGCUGAAAACAAAGACAUGAUUCCUGUCAGGACCGAAUUGGUUGACGCUUCUGGCCAUGACAGUGACGACGAUGGUGCCUCCGUUGAUUGGGACACGGCCACGGAGCAUUUCAGCAACUCGCGGGAUAGCGAGAGCUCAGUCAAGCCCAUGAUUGGCGCUGCGGAGAAUCAGAGGGUCUUUUAUUCGAGGAUCCUUGUGGGCCUCGUUCUCGUCGUCUCUGCGGCUGCAACUGCUGGACUCACGUAUGCCCUCACGGCUCAGGAAGAGCAAAACACCUUUGAAAGAGAUUUCGCGGGCAUUGCGAAAGAGAUUGUCGAAGUGGCUCAGACGGCCGAAAAUAACCUCGUCAAGAUCAUGUUCGACUUUAGCACCAUGCUCACAUCGGCGGCCCUCGGAUUGAAACAAGUCUGGCCUAAUGUGACCAUCCCAGAUUUUGAGCGUCGUGCCAGCGCUUCCAUGGACGUGUCGGGAGGCAAGUUCUUGGGCGUCAUGAUGGCUGUGGAGCCCACGAAUGCAUCUCGGGCGGCAUGGAAUCAGUACGCGGACGAAAACAUUGGAUGGCUCAAUGAAUCUCACGCAAUCCUUGGUACCAAACCUGCGCCCGUCUUGUCAGAGAUGUACUCAUUGAAUCCAAAGUGGGAGGGAGACAAUGACACCGUCAACCCAGUCGCCAUCCCGUCCUUUGGUAACCAGCUCCAUCUCGUCACGUGGCAGGUCAGUCCACCGCCCCUCGACAGUCCCCUACUCAUCCGGGGCGAUUACAAGCAUUACUACACCCCACGAUGGGAUUACGUCAAUGAAACGGGACGUACUGCGCGGAGUCCCAUUGUCACUGUCAACGGUUGGCUGCUCAACUUGCCCAUUUACGACCCCGUCAACAUAUACUACCAACCCGUCUACGACACAUUCGACGACGACAACAAAACCCUGGUGGCAAUCGCGUACAUGGUGCUGCGCUGGAUGGAUCACUUUCAGGACCUGCUCCACGAUGAUGCUGUGGGUAUCAUGAUCGUUCUCAAUUCCACCUGCGGUGAUCUUGUAACCUACGAAGUGAAUGGUCACAAUGCCACGUACUUGGGACAAGGCGAUCAGCACGACACGCAAUUCGAUUAUCUAGGGGAGUCAGCUGGCUUGACUCUGGCCAUGAAUGAGAUUCUCCAAGGAAGCACCUACUCGGAAAAGGGUAUUAGCUGCGGAUACUCCAUCUCUGUCUAUCCAUCCGAAAGGCUACGUGACAAGUACACAACUGGAAGACCCUGGGCAUAUUCCUUGAUUGUGCUUGCCAUUUUUGCGUUUACGUCCUUGGUUUUUGUUCUCUAUGAUUGCUUGGUGCAACGACGACAGGAGACUGUCAUGGACUCUGCCGUAAAGACCGAUGCUAUUGUCAGCCAGCUCUUCCCCGAACAAUUCCGCGAACAAAUGCUGGCCAAUGCAGAAGCUGAGAAGCAAAUGGAGAAGAACAAGAAUAACAGAUCUGAUACCUUCAGAUCUAUGAGUGCCAAGAGUUCUCUACAUGCCUUCAUGGGUGGUGAUGAUGCAAUGGAAACAGAAAUGGAAGACGAAGAUUUGUUUGUCUCCAAGCCAGUUGCGGAUCUCUUUCCCAAUGUGACCGUGCUGUUUGCUGAUAUCGUCGGGUUCACUGCAUGGUCCUCGGUCCGCGAGCCUUCCCAGGUCUUUACGCUGUUGGAGACUAUCUACAGAUCAUUCGACAAGGUCGCCAAGCGUAGGAAGAUCUACAAGGUCGAAACGGUUGGAGACUCUUAUGUUGCGGUUGCCGGCGUCCCUUUUCCAAUGGCAAACCAUGCCGUCACCAUGGCAAGGUUUGCUCGGGAGUGUUCCAUGAAGCUUCCAGAGGUGGUUCAUCGCCUGGAGACACAUCUCGGUCCAGGAACGGGGGAUAUUCAAAUGAGAUUUGGCAUUCACAGUGGACCUGUCACUGCCGGUGUUUUGCGCGGAGAAAAGGCACGAUUUCAGCUCUUUGGCGACACUGUCAACACGGCCAGCCGUAUCGAGAACAGUGGAGUGGGAAACCGGGUUCACUUGUCGGAAAAUACAGCGAAUCUCAUCAUUGCGGCAGGGCGGUCUAGCUGGGUGGCACCUCGACCCGAUCCCGUGCAUCUCAAGGGUAUUGGAAGCGUUAAAACUUUCUGGUUGGUUGCGUCGAAAGCCGGCUCCCGAGCCGGUUCUGUCUUUGACCGUUCCGAAACCUUUGAAACCCCCAAUGCUAAGGAUUUGGGCAGGGCCGCCAUUCGUGGCAGUAUUCACAGCGGCAUUGUGUCUGGUUGGAAGGAUCAGACCAAGAGACUUGUGGCAUGGAACACAGAGUCCCUGCUUCGCCUGUUGCAAAAGGUGGCUGCAAGCCGAGGGGGUGCUCCAAAGAGCAAUCAUACUGAAGGCGCCAGGAAGCUCAUGCCCACAGCUGCUCCCUUGAGCGAAGUCGUCGAGAUAAUCCCUCUACCCGGCUUUGACUCGAAGCAAGUAUGCAAGAAGCAAGUCAACCCAGAGUCUAUUGAUUUAGGCCCAGAAGUGAGACGGCAACUCAGCUCAUAUGUUUCUUGGGUGGCCUCUUCCUACAAAAACAACCCUUUUCACAACUUUGAGCAUGCAAGUCAUGUGAGCAUGUCUGUGAACAAACUCCUCUCUCGUAUUGUGGCUCCUGACAUUAGUGUGGAAGAUGCGGACGAGACCAAGAUGAAGGCCAAAAUGGCAGCUGAGCUUCAUGACCAUACAUACGGCAUAACUUCGGAUCCUCUUACGCAGUUCGCCUGCGCCCUAGCGGCCUUGAUUCACGAUGUCGAUCAUCGUGGAGUCCCCAAUGGCAGGCUAGUGGAAGAAGAGCCACGCCUCGGGGAGUUGUACGAGCAAAGUGUAGCCGAACAAAACAGUGUCGACCUCGCUUGGCUUAAGCUGAUGAGCGACGAAUACCAGGACCUUCGCGCCUGCAUCUACUCGAACGAAGCUGAAAUGAAGCGCUUUCGUCAAGUUGUUGUCAACACGGUGCUUGCUACGGACAUUUUUGACAAGAAGCUGAAAGCACUUCGCAAUGCACGAUGGGAUAAGGCGUUUCACAACGCAGACAAGUUUAUCGACGAAGGAACGGGUAUCAUUUCGGAACAGGAGGACGUGAAUCGCAAGGCAACCAUCGUGAUUGAACACAUUAUUCAGGCUUCGGACGUGUCUCACACAAUGCAGCACUGGCAUGUGUACACCAAAUGGAACGAAAAGCUGUAUCAAGAGCAGUACUUGGCGUACGUGGCAGGCCGAGGAGGCGCCAAGGAUCCCACGGAUGGCUGGUACGGUGGAGAACUUUGGUUUUUCGACAACUAUGUAAUUCCGCUGUCUAAAAAGUUGGCGGAAUGUGGCGUGUUUGGUGUAUCCUCGGAUGAGUACUUGAACUAUGCCCUCGAGAACCGCAAGGAAUGGGCUCAAAAGGGUCGUGACAUUGUGGAUGCCAUGGCAAAAAAGUACCGCCGUGAAGCUGCACUACCGGAGCAAGCUGUUGCUGUGGAUGACUCGACUCUCACUCGAGUGUGUGAGUGA